GAAGAGGUGGUGCGGCUGCUGGCGGCAGAUCCCCAAGCAGCCACGGCACGGGACAGCGACGGCGCCACCCCGCUUCACGUGGCGGCUCUCAACGGCAGGGUAGAGGUUGCCAGCCUGCUUCUAGCGGCCGCCCCGAGCACGGCAACGGCGGUUGAACUGGAUGGGGCGACUCCCCUGCACCUGGCAGCCUGGGAAGGCCAGCAGGCAGUCGUCGCGCUGCUCCUGGCAGCCGCUCCUGGCACGGCGGCGGCGACCGACUCUGCAGGCGCGCUGCCGCUGCACAUGGCGGCGCGGGAGGGGCACGAGGCUGUGGCGAGGCUGCUGGUGCAGACGGCACCUGUGACGGCGCUGGCGGCAGACCUGGAGGGUGCGACCCCUCUGCACUAUGCUGCAUGGGCAGGCCACGCGGGCGUGGCCGGCCUGCUGCUGGCGGCGGCACAUGCGGCGGCGUGGACGCCAGACCGCAAGGGCUGCCUGCCGCUGCAUUACGCCGCCCAGGGCGGGUGCCUGGCAGCGGUGCGGCAGCUGGCGGCGGCAGCCCCCGGCACCGCCUGCACGGCAAACGGCAGCGGGCGCACCCCGCUGAUGGCGGCGAUCAGCAAGCGGCAUGGCGCGGUG